AUGGCGGACAUUGUCGAACGCGCGCCCUCCAAUGCCGACGCAAUGGCCAACCAGCAACGCAAGAGCGUAACCAACAAGGGCUUGACAGGCGCUUCGGCGCUCACAGUUAGACAGUCCAUCUUUCCUAUCACCCUUGUCACCGUCCUGUUCUUCCUCUGGGGCUUUGCCUAUGGUCUCCUCGACGUGUUGAAUGCAAAGUUCCAGAACUCGCUCAACAUCACUGCGGCCAAGGCAGGAGGGCUACAAGGUUCUUACUUUGGAGCUUACUUCAUCGGGCCGCUGACAUACUCUGGCUGGAUCGUGCGAAAAUGGGGUUAUCGAUGGACGUUUAUCACCGGUCUCUGCAUCUAUGGUGUGGGUGCGCUGAUGUUCUGGCCAUCUGCGGUCUACAAGUCGUUCCCCGGCUUCUGUGGUUCUCUCUUCAUUGUCGGCUCCGGCCUCUCGACGCUGGAAACAUCGGCCAACCCUUUCAUCGCGACUUGCGGGCCUCCACGCUUGUCCGAGUUCCGGCUCGAGCUCUCCCAGUCCUUCCAAGCCAUCGGCUCUGUUGUGGCUCCUCUGCUGGCUUCUCGCGUUUUCUUCAAGGACACGAACUCGGACGACCUGUCCCACGUGCAAUGGACGUAUGUCGGCAUUGCUGCCUUCGUCUUCCUGCUUGCGGUCGUGUUCUUCUUCAGCCCUCUGCCCGAAGUCACAGACGCCGACAUGGCUCUUCAAGCCGAGCAGUGCUCCGACCUGACCGGCUACCAGGAGAAGCCACUUUCCAAGCAGUACAAGCUCUUCUUUGGUGUCGCCGCACAAUUCACCUACGUCGGUGCUCAAGUGGCGGUCGCUUCCCAGUUCAUCAAAUACACCGAGGAGUCGGCAAAGGUGUCUUCAGCCGUUGCCUCUGACCGAUACGCCAUUGGGCAGGCUCUUUUCGCGAUCGGCCGAUUUGCCGCCGCGGGCAUGUUCAUGUUUAUCAAGCCUCGAUUGGUGCUGUUGGCCUUUAUGACGAUGAUCAUGGUCUUCAUCGCGCUGUCCAUGGGAAUCUACGGUGAAGGUGGCGUGGCGUGCCUGUCGCUGGUGUUGUUCUUUGAGAGCUGCAUCUUCCCCACCAUCUUCACGCUCUCCAUCCGUGGAUUGGGCCGGCACACGAAGAGAGGAUCGUCCUGGAUCGUGGCCUCGGUCUGCGGCGGUGCUCUGUUCCCUGCCCUCACGGGCCUCGCGGCCGACAAGAUGACGUACCACAAGGCCAUGUGCGUGCCUCUGGUUGGAUUCUUCGUCAGCUUUGUGUUCCCGAUCUACUUGAACACCGCGUGCAAGAAGGAACUCGACGGCUUCCGCGAGACCAAGAUUGGGUAUGUUGAUGAGAGGCGCGGGACCAUCAUUGGGGAUAUCAAGGACAUUGAGACUUUCGAGGCAAUGCAGAAGAAGAACUCGGUCAAUGUGGAGAAGGUGUGA